CGGAAGUUCCCUCACUUAGAGCCCGGAAGUUCCCUCACUUAGAGCCCGGAAGCCGGAGUCUAGUGUGGCUUUUCCUAGCUGUGGCGAAGGAGCGUCUCCUGUGUUUGUGGGACCAGAAGGCGUCGGGUCAGGCUUAGAAGGUUCUCGGCUCGCUCGUCUCUUCCUCCGGGGCCCGGCGAUGGCGGCUCUCACGUGCAUCACCUGCCGGGUGGCGUUCCGCGACGGGGAGCUGCAGCGGGCGCACUACAAGACGGACUGGCACCGCUACAACCUGCGGCGGAAGGUGGCCGCCAUGGCCCCGGUGACGGCCGAGGGCUUCCAGGAGCGGGUGCGGGCGCAGCGCGCGGUGGCCGAGGCGGAGGAGGCGAGCAAGGGCGCGGCCACCUACUGCGCGGCGUGCGGCAAGAAGUUCGCCACCUUCAACGCCUACGAGAACCACCUCGGCUCCCGGCGGCACGCCGAGCUGGAGCGGAAGGCGGUGCGGGCCGCCAGCCGGCGCGUCGAGCUGCUCAACGCCAAGAACGCGGAGAAGGGGCUGGGCGCCGACGGCGUGGACAAGGACGCCGUGAACGCCGCCAUCCAGCAGGUCAUCAAGGCCCAACCCUCCACGUCCCCCAAGAAAGCGCCCUGGGCUGCGCCCACCGGGGACGAGGGCGAGAGGGCGGCGGCCGCACGGGGCAUCCCGGAGCGAGACGCGACGGAGAAGCCGCCCCGGCUCCAGUGGUUCGAACAGCAGGCCAAGAAGCUGGCGAAGCAGCAGUGGGAGGACGGAGAGGAGGAGGACGAGGAAGACGACGAAGACGAAGAUUGGGAAGAUAUUGAUUCCGAUGAUGGAUUGGAAUGUGAGGACCCUGGAGUGGAGGAUCAGGAUGCAGAAGAUGCAGAGACUGAGGAGAGCCCACCCCUGGGUGCCAUCCCAGUAACAGACUGCUUGUUUUGCUCCCAUCAUUCAAGCUCCCUCGUGAAGAAUGUGGCUCAUAUGACUAAAGUCCACAGUUUUUUUAUUCCUGAUAUAGAGUAUCUUUCAGAUUUGAAAGGACUAAUUGAAUAUUUGGGAGAGAAAGUUGGUGUUGGCAAAAUUUGCUUGUGGUGCAAUGAGAAAGGGAAGUCCUUCUAUUCCACAGAGGCUGUACAGGCGCACAUGAAUGACAAAAGCCACUGUAAGCUCUUCACAGAUGGUGACGCUGCCUUGGAAUUUGCAGACUUCUAUGACUUUAGGAGUAGCUACCCAGAUUACAAGGAGGGGCAGGAUCCUGCUGAGCUGGAGGCCUUGUCUGCAGAAAAGAUAUUGGAAUGUGAUGAUGAAACCAUGGAGCUGAUACUUCCUUCUGGUGCCAGAGUGGGUCAUCGCUCUUUGAUGAGAUACUACAAACAACGAUUUGGCUUGCCAAGAGCUGUGACAGUCGCUAGGAAUCAAAAGGCUGUGGGCAAGGUUCUCCAGCAAUACCGAGCCCUGGGGUGGACGGACAGCACAGGAGCAGCUCUCAUGCGUGGACGAGACAUGCAAUAUGUACAGAGGAUGAAAUCAAAAUGGAUGCUGAAGCUAGGAAUGAAGAACAAUGCCACCAAGCAGAUGCACUUCAGGGCCCAAGUGAGAUUCUGAGAGACUGAAACAGAGAAAUGGAUCUCCUGCUGCACUUUGCUCCUUGUCUGAGGACCAGUGGCGCCAGAUUGCCGAAUGGUUCUUUUGCUGCUACUUCAUUUGUUCUGAUCUAAUAAAGUCAAAAUCAUGGUUGUCUUCAA